AUGCAUUCAGCACUCAACCGCGCGCAAGCGGUCUUCGGAUUCUUCACGACAGUCGCCCUCUUCGUCGCCGGGUUCGCUGCGCUCUCGGUCCUUGUUUUCCCAACCGAUAACGUGACGGCGGAUGUUCAAUUGAAGGAUGCCAAAGUAAUUAAGGGCCGACCCCACUACUACGCAACCAAGAAAGAAGAGUACGCGCAGAUCAGGUUUGACCUGGAUGCCGACCUCUCUCCUCUUUUCAACUGGAACACGAAACAACUCUUUGUUUACGUCUACGCCGCCUACUCCUCCUCAGACGACCCAUCCGCAACUCCCCAAUCCCAAUCCAUCAUCUGGGACACCAUAAUUGAAGCCCCCGAAUCACCAUACUCCUUCCAGAAUCUCCGCGAGCGAUUCCUUCCUACAGGCGGCAAGAGCUCCGCAGCUCGCAAGUCCUCGAACAAGAACAAGAAGAACAGCAACAGCAAGACCAAGAAGGCGGAACCCACCCCCGGUGUCCUCCGCAUCCGUGAUCAGAAGAGCAAGUACCAGAUUAGUGACAUUACUGGGAAGAUGGCCGAGCGGUCGAACGUGACGCUGGCUGUUGGGUGGAAUGUGCAGCCCUGGGUUGGGGCACUGUGGUGGGCUCCUGGGACCGGUGCGGUGCCUAGGACGGAGGGGAAGACGGGGGUGACCAAGGCGUUUACUUUUCCGGCAUUGAAGGGAUCAAAGCCCAAGGGGGAGCAGGCGGCUUCGGUCUAG